AGAUAAAAGUGUUAAUUAAUUAAAGUUUUUUUGUUUUUUUCUGUGCUAAUGCUUUUGUUUGUGCUCAUUCAACCUCUUCUUUCUCUUCUAUUUCCAUGUUUCAUUAUCUUAACCUACGACCAGGUGUUGCAAUUUUCACAAAAAUUUCUUCGAAGGGAUUGCAAACAUGGCGGAAUACUGAGACUGAGAGUUUUUAAAGAUCUUAUGGCUAUUCGAAGCCGUUUUCGGACUCUCCUUGGUCUAGAGCAUGCAAGGAAAGACGAAGAAAAUGAAGUUGUUGAAGAAAGCAAUGCUGCAACUGCAGUGUUUAAGGAAGGAGAAAGAGAAUUUGAAAAUGAUCCUUUAAGUAAUGAAGAGAUUAUUUCCAGCAUCGAGGAAGUUUAUUUCAGUGAAGUUGAUUCAUUUGAUGCAAGUGAUUACGAGCUUCAGAAACUCCCUGAAGUUUUAAAUAUCAAUGAACUUGAUACAUACAGGAAUGUGCUACGAAGACAAGCUCAGGCGGUUUCUAAAAGUUUGUAUAUGAAAGUACUUGAGAAUCAAACAGCCUACAUGCAAGAGCUACAACGUGUUAUUGAUAUUCAAGCCACUCUAGAGUUUGCUAAAAAAAUAUGUGAUAGUAGUCGAAGUCAUCUUGAGCAUUCACGAUCAGAAACAUCAUUAGGUGGUCUGACUGUUCUUGCUAAAAAUAGAAAAAAACAACAUUUAGUGAAUUUGUUAGAUUCUCUUGGAACAAUUAAAACUCUUCAACAGACAGAUGUUCGACUGAAAGAAAUGCUUCAGGAGGAAAAUUAUCCUGGGGCAAUUAAUUUAUGUUUGGAAUGUGAAAAGGCAGCGCGAGAUUUUAAACAUUACAAGUGUAUAAGCGAACUUAGUGCAAAUCUUCAAGACAUUCUUGUUCAAAUAGAGAGUGAAUUAGACACUGCUUUAGCCAAAACAUGCAGUAAUUUUGAUCCAUUGCAUUACGAAAAGUUACAGACAGCGUAUAGAUAUCUCGGGAAAGUACAAGUUUCCAUAGACCAACUUCAUCUUCAUUUUAUGAAUGCCAUUAAUAGUGAAGCGUUUCUUGUUUUGCUUAAACACGUCGAGGAAAAUCGUCCACAAGAUUUAAAUGAAGGUGGAAUUCAAACAAUUCCUUUUCAGGAACUUUGCCAGAAAGUUGGUGUUGAAGAUUUUACACCGUGUUUAGUUGAUUUAUGUAAAACGCUAUGGAAAGUGAUGUUAAAUUAUCAUGAAGUUGUAAAAUGGCAUAAACAAAAUGAAUAUUUGAUGGAAGGUCAUGGUAGCGAUGAAACAGACGGGCAAAUUUCUUACAACAAGAAAUAUGUCACACAGAAGUUAAAUCAUGGUUUGCAUAGGAUUUGGAAGGAAGUUCAAGAAAGAGUGAAAUGCUACCUUCUGGGAACGGAUUUAUCAUAUUUUAAAUACGACGAUUUUAUUCAUGUUUUAGAUUUAGUGAAUAGAUUAAUUUCAAUUGGAGAAGAAUUCUGUGGUAGUAAAUCGGAAGAGCUGCACGAGUCAAUUCGAACACAAACUGUGAAUUAUUUUAAGAAUUAUCACAGAUCGCGUCUCGAGGAACUGCGUAUGUUUUUAGAGAAUGAAGUUUGGGAGUUAUGUCCUGUAAAAGCUAAUUUCUCUUUAGUAAUUCUACAGGAAUUCAGAUUUCUAAAGAAGAUAUACAAUUCAGGGAAAGGUCACAGAAGGACAGAUUCUGGAAACAUUAAAUCAGAAAUGAGUGAGUUACUUCAAUCGUUAUACUUCCGGUUUAACUCCUUUGAUGAGCAGAAGACUGAGGACGAAAGUGAAGAUUUACUGAGCAAUACAGGUGGUGAUGUUAAUGAUAAUCACAAUGAAGAUGAAGACGACGAUUAUGACGAUGACGAUGACGAUGAUGAUAUUCCAGAGGAACUGAAGUUGGAUUAUGUUGACGAAAAAACUGGUGAACAUUCACCAAGGUCUAGUUCGCAUACAAAACUUGGUAAAAAAUUGAGCAGAAAUCAUGGACCAGUUGUCACCAACACUACUUUGAAUGUAUUAAGAUUAUUUGGCAAAUACAUGCAAAUGAUGAAUGUAUUAAAACCGAUCGCAUUUGAUGUUGUAAUUUGUGUCUCGCAACUUUUUGAUUAUUAUCUGUUCGCUGUUCAAAGAUUUUUCUGUCCCUUUAUUAUGGACGAAUCAAAAUCAUAUGAUCUCAGCACCAAGCUUUCAACUUCUCUGAAAAGAAUCAAGGAAAAUCUAAUUGUUGAUGGUUAUAGUUCAUCUGAAUAUUCUGAUGUCUCGUCUGUAGAUGACAUGAAGGUACCAGCUCCUUGCCUUUCUCCGUUAACUCAAUUGAACAACGCGGAGGGUUUGUUUGGUCUUUCCGAAAGAAUUGUUGCAACCGAAUCAUUGGUAUUUUUAGCCAAGCAAUUCGAAUCACUUCAACCUCAUUUGGAAUCUCUUAUUCCGACGACCAAAAGAGCAUUUCUGUCACAAUUUUAUUCACAGACCGUUUGUACUGCUCAUGAAUUAAGGAAACCUAUUUAUCAAGCCGUUGCAAGUCGAGUCGUAGAUUUUAACAUGAUCGUCCAUUUAAUGUCAAGUGUAAAAUGGGACAUCAAAGAAAUUAUGUCUGAACACAAUAGUUAUGUAGAUAUGUUAUUAAAAGAAUUGCAAUUAUUCAGUGCAAGAGUGUCUCAAAUUGGCAGGUCGGUUCCAGUCCCAAACGAAGUGCUCAUGGUUUUAUGGGAUCACUGCUCUAGACGUGUCAACAGAUCGUUCGUUGAUGGGUUUUCAUGCGCAAAGAAAUGUACGAACGAGGGAAGAGCCCUAAUGCAACUUGACUACCGACAAUUCCUUGUUAAAUUGGAGAAGUUAACCACACUGAGACCUAUCCCCGAGAAAGAUUUUGUUGAGGCUUACAUCAAGGCGUAUUAUUUGACUGCACCAGAUAUGGAAAGAUGGAUCAGAGAACAUAAGGAGUAUUCUACAAAGCAACUGACGAGUUUAGUGAACUGUGGUACAGGAUCACAUUUCAGUAAAAAAGAAAAACAGCGUUUGCUAAAUGUGAUUGAAGAAACAGAGAAACAGCGUUGAAUCAUCUCACUGUACGUACUUUGUGCAUGGGACAUUGAAUUGUGUUUUAUGCUGGUUGAUCUUCCAACCUUCAAACAACAUUUUCGAGAUGCAGUAAACUGCUUUCUCACCAGACACAGCGCUAAACAAUUAUUAUCAAUCCUUGAAAUGAAUCACGAAACGAAUAUUUUUUUAUACAUGAAUGUAUUAAUGCACUCCUAACUUUAAAUGUACCAUUUACAAUUUACGAAUUGAACUACAACUUUGUAAAUGAUUUUUAAAACAUACAUUUUUCGUGAA